GCCUGUGUCAUCGCCGUGCUGUGUUCAUCGAUUGUUGAAGCAAAAUCGAAUAUGUUAAUAGACAUCGAACCAAAAAAAGAGACGAUCGUGCGAGCAGGCGAAACUCUACAGAUUCUCUGCACCGCUCCACAAGAGCAGCUUCGUGUUUGCCGUGUAGAAAUACCUGGUGAGGGUAGCAUUGUCCUAACCGGGUCAGACCCCCCGUCGGAAGACGGCAAUAUUGAAUAUUAUGGAAAAGGAUUACACUCUGGUGAAUGCGGUGUCCGUAUCGCAAAAGUGAAAGAAAGUUACGAUGGCACCUUCAAAUGUUCCUUGACGACCACGAAUGCUCGACAAGAGUCAACUGCUUCUCUUAAUAUUAUCGUCACGAAACCACCCGAAUAUGUUGAGAUUUUCACGAAUUCGGGAAGUCUUGGCGGAAACACAUUUAGAAAAGGUGAGAGAUUGGAAAUCAAUUGCAAGGCUAAAUCUGGACGACCAGCAGCGAAUUUAUCUCUAUAUCUUGACGACGAGAUGAUAGACAACGAAAGAAACGUUGUCGAAACUAGAGUGAACACCGAUUUACCAGUCGUAGCAAUGAAAAACGCUACGCGCAAUUUAGAUUGGACCGAUAACGGCAAAAUAAUAAGAUGUAUAGCCUAUCACAUCGCUCUCGACAGACCCAUAGAACAAACUAAGCCUCUCGAAGUAUAUUAUCCACCCCAAGCACAACCGACUUUUGAACGUUUCGGAUAUAUAAUUGGCAGACAAGGAAUCAUCAACGUCACCGUUUAUGCGCAUCCUAGGCCGCGAUUCACAUGGCGAGUGAACAACGAAAGAAUUGAAGAAGGUCAUCCCGACGAAAGUAAUCGAUUGGAAACUUCAACCGCCGUCGAUUUAGGGAAAGGAGCAUGGAGCGUAAUUCUGACGAUCGACAGUGUUCAGAAAUCCGAUACGGAAAAGGAGUACAUGUUGAUGGCGACCAACAAUGAGGGAUCGAAUGAAUAUCGUAUCGUUUUGUCGACAUCCCCAGAACCAGCGGGCGUUGAUUUGGACGCUGGAUCCAUCAUUGGUAUCGUCGUGGGCGUUCUGGUGCUUGUACUCAUUAUUUUCCUUGUAAUCUUUGCACGUGCGACUGGCCGCUGGUGUUUUGCAGCGAGGCGUCGCGGCGACGAGGAGACUGCGGGUGACGUCGGCGCCGGAAGCGAGGCGCACAUCACACCCGGCGAUGAGGACGAGGAUCAGGAGGACCCGCAUAUCAUCGACGAGAAGGUACCGCAGGGUGGCCAAGAGAAUCCAAUACACACGAGCACCGAAUACGUGAACGGCCGUACGGACGUCAAAGACACCAAGAAGGAUGAGAAGACAGACACGCCCGUCUAAGAGAGAGAUUUAAAAAAGAAAAAAAAACAAGAGAAGGGACGCAUUCAUCUCGCCUCGUUUCCUCCCUCUCUCUCUCUCUCUCUUUUUACCUUUCCUUCGUACGCAGGAAAACCGAGCUGUCGCACUUUACCGCGCCAGACUUUAGCAGUAACGAUCCAAGUUUCCCCCGGUGAUUUCCGUUUUUGCGUGCAAAACGU